CGAUGUUGGUUCACUCUCCCCCCUGUUGGUAUAAAUAAAGCAACAAACUUGAAAUGGCGCAUAACUAUAACAUGAGGUGUUCUAAAUUUUACAUAUCGAUAACUGCGUUGCAUUGUGUGUAAAUAUUAGCUUUUUUAAUUUCUCGUGUCGUAUCCCGUCGAUAUUUUGGCGACGAUGUUUGUCUUCGGUGUUAAAUUGAAAGUUUCAAAAGAGCUUAGAAAUUUAAGAUUGAUUGAUGGCGUUUUCUCCACUCAAUAUCGUGAUCAAUAUUUAUGUCGUUGAAUGAUGGAGUGUGAUGAUAAAAUUAGACAUGCUGAGAACUCAAAGUUCAUGUUUAUAAACAAUUAUUUCAGCCACGUUUAAAAUUGGCUGUGUUUGAACAAUGACCUCUCCGAUCUUAUGCGCUGUGCUCUUCAAAUUUUGUCUACCCAUCAUUUUGGUUGCAGCUUUCAUAUUUAGAUUUAAUGGAUUCUCUCUGUUGUACCUGUGUUGUUUCUUUUGUAUUCCACUUCUGCCAAGCCCAUCGGUUAGAAAUUGCCGAGGUAAAGGAACUACAAUUUCAUUUCUGAAGGCUCUGAUAUUCCUGUCUGGGUUAGCGUCAGUUGCACAAAUUGUUUUUCAAAUCAUACUUGGUUCUUUGUCCCCAUAUGGACACUUUUUGGAGAGAUGUUCUCUGCUUGAAGAAGUUUUACGAGAAAUUGGCUUGAACAGAUUCGACAAUGUUUCUGCCUUGGAUAUUUUCCGUUUGCUUUUGCCGGAUUUGAUCAUUUUGGUAUUUUCCAUAUUCUGCUGGAUAAACACCAGAGCGUUGGGACGUUUGCGUACAAAUAACGUCAACGAGGGAUCGAACCGAGAUAAAACUUUCAACAUCAGUUCCAACAUAAGAAAUUACGUUCUACCAUAUUUGGUAUUGCUUCUGCUUCUAGUGGCGGGAAUAUCUGUACCAUGCCUGAUAUCCUGUGUGUAUUUUCUGUUGUUCUUGUUGUUCGGCACGAUGUGGUCUAUGCAUAAGACAUUGCAUUCGCAUUACUGGACGACGUUGUUUCGAGUCAGACUAUUUCUUAUGAUUUAUUCUGGAUCGCAUCUCCUGGUGUUGUAUUUCUAUCAGUUUCAGUUUUUCCAGUCGUCGUUACCAGUGAAAUCUUUGCCAGCGAGACUUCUAGGAUUGGUUGGUUUUGUCGAAACAAGAUGUAAUAAUCCACAGGCUCUUCAUUAUCGAGGUGAAGAUCUGGACUGGCCUCAUUUUGUAUUGGUCGCCGUCGUUGUGACCCUCUACUGGUUCCUUGCCACGGAAAUCAGAUACGAUAACACCGAUCAGCAUGGUGAUAAAUGUGACGAAGAGGCGGAACAGGCUUCAGAACAAGACGAUGAAGAAGCGGAAGCCGCAAGAAACGGCAGCGAAGAUCGUCCAAAACUGACCGUGAAAGAGACAGUAUUUAGUAUUCUAUCUUUCUUCAUGGCGCAAAGUUACAUUGCUUCUCUAAUCAUCAUGAUGGCAUGGAGUAUUAUCUACCAUUCUUGGUUGACUUUUGUCCUGCUGCUCUGGGCUUGCCUAAUCUGGAUAACACCUUUCGCUCGGUCCUUUUGUAUGGUAACUUCGCCAUAUCUGGUAAUAUAUGCCGAGGUGUUACUACUCAUACAAUAUAUUUAUGGCCUGGAUUUGAACGACGACGAGCUACCGAUGAAGAGCGCGUCAGGCGAACUGGAUUACGAGGAAUUGGGACUCAAAAAAUGGAGAUACCCCUGUGUGCAUUUGGCUGUACAGACUCUAUUCACGUGGAUCUUCUGGAUCACACAUCACCAGUACGUCAAAGAGAAGCAAAGCCGGACGGAUGGAGAAGAAUUCGCACUGCGACCAAUCUUCAUCGCGUUAACAAGAAUGGUUACGGGGGGCCAAGCUCAGAUGGCUGCUCCAGCAGAAGGCAAUGAAACGUCUCAAAGCAUUCCAGAUACCGGCGAUACAACUGUUGAUGUGAUAUUUAUGAGAUGGAUAAAAUCGGUGCUCAGUAAAUACUGGAUCCUAGUUUGUUGUGGUGCUUUCCUAUUGGUCGGUCUCCAGAAUGACGUAUCAAUGUACCAAAUUGGGUACAUGGCCAUAUUUCUGUUCCUGUUCGUAUGUUAUCAGGUCUCGUUUUCAUUUUGGCGUGUGAUCCUGCGUCCUGUGUGGUGGGCGAUGGUGAUUUACUCUGUGUGCAUUUUGCUGGUUAUAUACACGUACCAGUUCGAAAAUAUGCCAAUGUACUGGCAAAAUACGACGCAUCUUUCUCAAGAAUGGUUAUACGACCUGGGUCUUCGUCAGCAUACAAAAGCUAGUCUGCUGCUAGAACUUUUGACUCCAACCGCUUUCUCAGUAAUAAUUGUCAUCCAACUGCAUUUCUUCUAUCGGCCAUUCAUGGCCAUGAUUGACCUUCGUCCACCGCGCCAAGAGGUCAGGCCAACAACUGAUGAGGAGAGGGUCUCCCUCACUCUUUCAAAUGAUCAAGAUGAAGGGGAAUUUAUCCCAUUAUCUAAUAUGAGAGCAGCAAAUGGCACUGCGUCCAAUCAGGAGGCAUUUUAUGGUAGAGAUGAGAAUGAUUUGACGCCACCCCAGAAAGCGUGGUUGUUAGAGUGUUAUAACCACAUGACUGUAUUGUUGUGGAGAUUGGGUGAACUUCACAUGGCCAAAGUCAUCAGCUUCACUUUGAUUUGCGUCGUUUUAUCGAAGGUUUGUGCCAUAAAUGCCGUAAUCAUUGUUUUGCUGGCUAUAGCAAUGCCUUCUGGUAUCAUUCAAAGAGCAUUGUCGUACUGUUUUCUAAUAUGGAGUUCUUUGGUCAUCUUGGCAAAGAUGUGUUAUCAGUUACAGUUCGUUCAAGAAGAUGUAUUUCAGCAUAACUGUUCCAAUAUGGUGUUCCGUCGAUCUAACGUUGUCAACCACUUCACUAACAAUGCAUUAUGGGUUGGCUUUUAUAAAACGGAAAAUAUAUCCGCUGACAUACAGGGGUAUCUUUUCAUUGUUUUCGUGAUCGUUUUUCAAACAGUCAUAACGCAUCAUCAGAAAUUGUGCCGUAUUAAAUACUGUUCAAGGGAAAUACCGAAAGGAAUAUUGUUUCCAGACAGCGUCGAAUUGGAGCAUGCCGACAAGGGUUUGGCGGAGAUGUUCAAAUAUCUUUGCAAUAAAUUUUUCUAUAAUUUUGGAUGGGAGGUGUGUGUUGUAUCCAUCGUGAUAAACAUGGGUGUUCGUUGUGAUGCAGUCUCUGUUGUAUAUUCCUUCUGGCUGGGAACCUUUCUCAUGCUUGGUCGUAAAAAAUCAUCGUCCAUAUGGAGACUGUAUCUUCUGUUUCUUGCUAUAAUGUUACCCGUACAGUAUGUUCUUGUCUUGGGAUGGCCUCCUGGGCUCUGCACAGGGUAUCCAUGGACAACACGACUUGACCAUAAUCUGAUCCAUUGGAUGUUCCUAACUGAUCCCGAGGAUCCCCAAAAUGCUAAAUUGUUAUUAGUUGAUUUUUUCCAACUUCUGCUGGCUUGCUGUCAGCAAAAGGUGUUCGCAAACGAGCGAACAGAACCGACCACCGAACCUGUACCGAAUGAUUCUCCAAGUCAUGUCAACAUUCAAGAGACAAGAAGUAACAGAUUUAACUCGUCAGAUUUUAUGAGAAACAAAACGUGGUUGGAUAUGUUUAAGAUUUUUUUAUUUCAACACAUUUACUGGGUCACGUUGACCGUAGUGUACAUCACGGUGCAGAGCACCAUCAGUAUUUUCAACUUUGGUUUUAUACUCGGCUGUUUCUUCUUCCUGUGGCACGGGCAAUCACUUUAUCUUCAUACGAAGUUGAUUUAUUGGUGGAAGAUAUUUAUGGGUUAUAAUUUCUUCGUUCUCUUUCUCAAAGUUUGUUUACAACUGGUGUCCUGCGUUUGGAUUGACGAUGUUAAAGAGUACAGCGGAUGCUACGUCCUACAGUUACUGAGUCUUUACUGCCUACGUCAGGCUGGGUAUACGUACAGACCGCUGACACUCGCCGAACGUGACUGCAUAUCUCCAGAUGAUACCGGCCUUUCUAUGGACUGCGCAUGUUUCGUAUUCCUGUUGAUACAGUAUCGGAUCUUCACCAGUGACUAUUUCUAUUAUGUCAAAAGGGAAUUGAGAGAACAAGCAGAAAUGGCUUCCUGGGGAGCUCAAUUUAUUGACCAACAACUUAAGGCGAAUCUGGAGGCCGUGAAGAAAAGGGAUGAAGAAGAAAUGUCAAAAAUAAAGCGAAGUGUGAAAAAACUAAAGAACAAGCGAACACUGCAACACAGGGCACAGGAACCCAAGUCACAUUACGAAGCGAUAUAUUCUGGCGGUUAUUACCAGUUUGAAAGCGGAGAAGAAUCAGGUUCUGAUUCCGACAGCAAUUCUGAUGAAUUCCCACAGGAUCGCGGUAGUCGUGGCUCCAAUGAAUUUAAUGAAAAUGGAAGUGAAUCGGAAGAAUUCGUGAAAGAGGAAGAUAAACAGAGUGAGAAAGAAACGUCUGUUGGACAAGAGCAAGACCAGCCAACGGAUUCCCAAAGCAACACUUCUCAAACAACACGUGCGCGUGUCGUAAAGAAACUAAAAUCCGUAUUGAAAUUAUUCCUAGUUUAUGGAAAGUGGGUUUUGGAUAAAUUGAUUGGUUUCCUCAAUCUACUUAGCAAGGAUUAUCGAGCUGUUGCCAGACAGCUCAAGAAAGCUCGAAAAGAAAAGAGACAAAUGGAAAUAAUCAGGGAAUACAAUAAUAGAUCACGUGAAAUGAUGGCUUCAGAGUCGAUUGAUGACGAUUCAGUGGAUGCAAAGUUGAUCAAUUUGCAAGAUGAUACCAUAUCCUGGACUAGUAUAACGACGGGUGAAGUUGACACGAUUGAAGGAGGUUCCAUACCAAACUGGCGUCUCAUGAAAUUCGUCCGGGCUUUGUAUUACGCUAUCAUUUCCCAAACGAAUUACCUUUGCUUCCUGAUGAUGAUCAUCAAUCACGUCGUGUACGCGUCGGUAUUGUCCAUGGCAUUUCCAUUGUUCAUCUUCCUUUGGGGAAUGUUAUCCAUUCCACGACCCACGAAGAUGUUUUGGAUCACGGUCAUAACCUACACGCAAUUCGUCAUCAUCAUCAAGUAUAUCUUCAAAUUUGAGUUCAUUCAUUUCAACGACUGUAGCAGCACGAUCGAACUAAGAAAUGAUCCCCUGUGUCCAGCGAGAAUAUUUGAAAUAGAAAGAGACGGAGCGACUACCGCGUACGAUUUAUUGCUGUUGUUAGCAAUUUUCUUCCAUCGCUAUGCAUUACAGGCUCAUGGUUUGUGGAGAGGUCGAUUAAGCUCAGAAUUUGGGAAUGCUUUUGGACGUAAUUCCUCUUCAAAUGUGGAAAAUGAUUCCACUACAGUUGAUUCUCGGGGCGACGCUAGAUCGGAUGAUGGUACCGUUUCGGUGGAAGAAGACCAGGAGAGACUUGAAGAAGGUCCCGAGAAACAUAAAGGGAUUGUCAAGAAUGUGGUCACGUUUAUCCACCGAAUGGUCGAUCCAAACAUCGGAUCUGGUGCCACUGAUGUGUAUGGUGCAAUGUUUGGCUGCCAAUUUAUUAUCUUUCUCAUCAUUCUUUUCAGUUGGUCAGCGUUUGCUGAAGCUGAGCCGAGUUCCGAUGCGAAUUUCGCCCAGAUUAUCGAAAAGAAUGUUGUACCCAGAACGUUUCUCUACAUGGUUCUCACUCAGUUUGUCCUAAUCAUGAUUGACAGAGCUCUGUAUCUUCGAAAAUUUGUUCUUGGCAAAUUGUUUUAUCUCGUGGUGCUGGUCAUCUCGUUUCAUAUUUUUAUGUUCUUUGUCGUUCCCUAUCUUACUAAAAGGCGAUUCCAAGACAACGUUCCUGCGAUAUUCCUCUAUCUUUUUAAAUGUUUAUAUUUUGGCUUUUCCUCGUAUCAAGUACGCUGUGGUUACCCAACGAGGAUUCUGGGAAAUUUUUUGACAAAAAAUUUUACGUUGAUAAAUGUAGUUCUGUUUCAAGCAAUUCAAACAAUACCGUUCGUAUUGGAGUUACGUAGUUUACUUGACUGGGUCUGUACAGACAGUACGCUGACCUUGUUCCACUGGCUCAAGAUGGAAGAUAUCUACGCGAAUAUUUACAUCUUAAAAUGUUAUCGUACCGCUGAAAAGACGCCAUGGUUUCGACAUGAUCGUGGCGCCCAGUAUCCGUCUCUCAACAAGUGGGCCGUCGGUGGUUUCCUAGUGCUCCUGCUGAUUUUGAUUAUUUGGUUCCCAUUAUUGUUCAUGUCCUAUAUCAACUCGGUGUACACCAGCAAUACUCCUACUGAUGCCACAUUCACAUUGACCAUUGGCGGUUAUCAGCCUUUGUUCAAAGUCAGUGCCCAGCAGCAGUUCUUGAAAGUUUUGACUGAUUCAGAAAUAGAAUAUAUCAAAUCCAGUAAUAGACCGUAUCAAGGCUCGUCGCAAAACCAGAUUGACAGUUUUCUGGAAAAUUACAAAGCAAAAGGAAAUGUAGUUUUAGUUCGUGUUAGUGGUAACUCGAGCUCAAUUUGGACAAUCAGUCCGCCAUCAAGGAAAUAUUUAGUUAAUGAUUUAUUGUCGAAUAAUACGAAUGUCACAUUGCGUUUUCAAUGGGAAUUUACACGAGAACCACUGACCGCAUUAGUUCAAGAAACGAUAUCUGGAGUGAAUUCAAUCGUACUCAGUCCCAAUGACACAGUGCGAACACAUCUUGGCAAUAUGUUAGUGGAUUCUGCUAGCAGGGGACAAGAUGAAAUAACGAUCAAGAAUCUUUUCCCGACAUUUAUUCGCGUGCCAGCGAGCGGUCAGGCCACGGCGUUGACUGAGCUGUUUAAUGCGAGUUACGUUGACUGUGGAAUAAAAGUGAGAGUUGGUUCAGUUCCCAACGUCACCGGCGAAGUCGAAUGGUGGGAAUUGACUCAGAAGAGCCCCAGACCAAUAUUUGACUCAAGUCAAUCCACAUCAGAUCUGGAAGUUAUAACAUUCAAUGAUUUUGUUCCACCUUUGCAUUUUUCCUUUUUCGCCAGUACUGGGAUAAUCGGUUUAUACGUUGGAUUCGUUUGGUUGGUCGGCAAGUUUGUUCGUUUGUUUUUCACGUCGAUAUCAUAUCGUAUCAUGUUCGACGAGAUGCCGGAUGUGGACAAAGUCUUCAAGUUGUGUUUAGAUAUUUACAUGGUGAGAGAGACGAAGGAAUUUGAACUCGAAGAAGAUCUAUUUGCAAAAUUGAUGUUCCUUUAUCGCUCUCCAGAGACGUUGAUAAAAUGGACGAAGUACAAGAGGGAUUAGGUAUAUUUUAUUACAAAGAUAAAGAAUUCUAAAAAUUAGAUAGCUUUGACUAUAAAUUGCUGCUACAAAGCUGUUUCACUUAGUCCAAUUUGGCGACGAAAAAAUUCUGCGGAAAUUGUCGUGGUCUUGCUGCAAAGAAUAGUAAAAUCUACCUGGUGCAUGUGCCCAGAAAGUACACACUUUGAGAAAUAAGUUUUUUUUUGUUUUGAUGUCUUAUUAAAAUGGUGAACCAGCGUGACCAGGUUAUUUAAGGUCUCGUAUGCACUCAUAUUUAUUAUUUUAUAUAUUCACCUUUUACGCUUUCGUAAGUAUGCAUUUAGGUCGUUACAACAGAAAACUGAUUUUAAUAAUCAAUAAGUCCUUUUGUAGGGACACCCUGCAUUGAAAUCGGCAAAGCCUACCAAAGACUGUAUAGUCUAUGAAUUCAAAUUGGCCAUAAUUAUUGUGCUUUUAACUAGCCUAUCUUUAAGGGGCUGUUUACAUGAGCCCGGUUACCCGAGAUUCAACGAAGUGUGAGAUGAUUUUGAAGUAUUGAAAU